AAUAAAAAUAUAAGGGAAUUUCCCUUUGUGUUUGACAGAUAGUCAAUGUGUAUUCAUAAAAAGGUCAUUUGAAAUACCCUAAACAAAAUCUUCUAAAAAUUAUACUCUCCCAUAAUCAUAUUUAUUUACACACACACACACAUACACCCAAACCAAACCCAAUAGUUUGCAAAACUCCAAAUAAACUCUUCCUUCACUCUGGUGUGGUGUGGUGUGGCUUUCCCAUUUCUAUUAAGGCAACCCAGACCCUUCACUUUUUCCCCACCUUUGAAAGCUAUAUUUAUUUGGACCUUCCUUAGUAGGGGCUGUACACAAAGAACCUUGGGAACUAAAACCAAGCACCUUCUCUCCCUCUCUCUGAAAAAACUACAGCUUUUUUGCUGAUAUACCUUCAAGCUGCAACAAAAAACAAUAUUCUUCUCUCUGUUUUUUUUUAUUUAUUAAUUUUUAAAAAGAGACCUUUUCUUAUCUUCCUCUUUCAUGGAAGAGACAGAGGACUCUAAUGGUAACAAGAAAUACAAAGACAAAGCGAGAAGCUUAAAGGGUAGAAGAACCAGCCCUCAAAAUAGUCAUCAGUAUCAGUAUCAAUAUCAGUAUCAUCAGUACCAGUACCAGUAUCAACAACAGCUACUUCAGUACUCAAAUCAGUUUGGAAUCUGUAACCAAAACCAAUACAAUACUCAUAGAUACUACCCAGCUCUUCUUCCUCUACCACCUCCAAUACCGAUACCUUUGCAACUGGCUUUAACACCACAAAAUAGCUCAAAUUCAAUUUCAUAUAUCUAACUUUUUUCCCACAUAGUGAUUCGAUUCAAUUUCGUGUUUUGGACGAUUCUAUAGUGCACCCACUAAAAAAAGUGUAUAAAUUUUUUAGUAACUUUUUUUUAUAAUCAUAUAUAAAUAACUUAUUUCACACUUAUAUAAAAUAAGAAAAAUUAUGCGUGUAACGUGUUGUUUGAACUUUAUUUAUUUUUAACAUAUUAAAUUUUUUUAAAUUUGAUGUGAUGUCUUAAAUAACAACAAAAGAAUCAAAUUAAAAAAAUUCACUUAUAUACCCGUACAUAUAGAAGUAUAUCAAAGGGUUGGAUUAUAGAAUUUUCUUAAAUUUUUUUUCUUUAAAAAAUAAAAGUUGUAGAGAAGCCCAUUUAUGAAGGUCUUUACUCUCAUAAGUCAAGUCAACACAUCCAACGGUGCUGAAUGCACCAACUCAUCAACCUUAGAUAAGUAAAUUACGGAUAUACCCUCAACAUCGCUUGCUUGUUCCAAUUUCAUCCCUCUUUUUAUAUUCUUCUCCAGCUGAACAAAAUAUACCUCUCAUAUCCUCGCCUGCAAACGCUUUAUUAUUUCUCUUCUUUAUUUUUUUUCUUCAACAAUUACAAAUUCAUCAAUUAUAUAUAUAUAUACAUAUAUUCUAGCUCACGACCAGUGUCGCUCUCGAAAUCUCUGGUUCCAAAUAGUUUCAGGAUUUCGAGAUGGGAACUGUGAAGAAUAACAGUAUUUAUAACGAGAAUGAGCCUGGGACAAGUACACAAGAUUAUGAUUCUUUGGACCAGAAUGAUUCUUUAACUGAUAUAAACAUUGUCAGUGAAAGGAAGGAUGCAAAAAUAUGAGGACUGAUCUAACUGAUCUAAACAUUGUCAGUGAAAUUUGGAAUCUGCAACCAAAAACAAUAUUCUUCUCUCUGUUUUUUUUAUUUAUUAUUUUUUAAAAAGAGACUUUUUCUUAUCUUCCUCUUUCAUGGAAGAGACAGAGGACUCUAAUGGUAACAAGAAAUACAAAGACAAAGCGAGAAGCUUAAAGGGUAGAAGAACCAGCCCUCAAAAUAGUCAUCAGUAUCAGUAUCAAUAUCAGUAUCAUCAGUACCAGUACCAGUAUCAACAACAGCUACUUCAGUACUCAAAUCAGUUUGGAAUCUGUAACCAAAACCAAUACAAUACUCAUAGAUACUACCCAGCUCUUCUUCCUCUACCACCUCCAAUACCGAUACCUUUGCAACUGGCUUUAACACCACCUCUUCCUUUGAACCAUCAUCAUGGCUUCAGAUCAAAAACCCGCCUCCACAAACCUCCAUGCAAGCAGAAAGACAAUCCUCCUUUUGCUGCUUCUUCGGACACCCAAGUCUCCAAUGUCACAAUUUCACCAGAGGGGCUCCAAAAGCAAAGUAGUUUGCCUCUCAAACAAGAAGAUGUAUGGAAGUUCCAAAAGCAUACGUUCACAAGUGGAAAACCAGGUCAAGCCCUGGUAGCAGCAAGGAGACCAGAUUCUGGUGGUGUAGAAGGGUCAGUUAUAUCCCUUUUGGCAAACCACUUUCUAGUCCAAUUUGAUUCCUGUCAAAGGAUUUUCCACUACAAUGUUGAAAUAUCUCCUUAUCCCUCCAAGGAAAUAGCCAGAAUGAUCAAAAAGAAACUGGUAGAGGACAACUCUGCUGUUCUAUGUGGUGCUAUUCCUGCCUAUGAUGGCCGGAAGAAUCUUUACAGCCCAGUUGAAUUCCAAAAAGAUAAACUUGAACUCUUUAUAAGCCUUCCAAUACCCACAAACAAACCAAGCCUUCCAUAUGGAGAACUCAAUGGAUUUCAAGAGAAUCAUCAACAGCUUAAACUGUUUCGGUUAAACAUCAAACUUGUGUCCAAGCUUGAUGGGAAAGAGCUGAGUAAUUACUUGAACAAGGAAGGAGGUGAUUGGAUUCCACUUCCUCAGGACUAUCUCCAAGCCUUGGAUGUUGUAUUGAGGGAGGGUUCCAUUGAGAAGUGCAUACCUGUGGGGAGAUCACUCUAUUCCAGCUCAAUGGGAGGGAGUCAAGAAAUUGGAGGAGGAGCUGUUGGGUUGAGAGGGUUCUUUCAGAGCCUUAGACCAACUCAACAAGGACUAGCUCUUAAUGUGGAUUUCUCAGUGACUGCUUUCCAUGAAAGCAUUGGAGUAAUCUCGUACUUGCAGAAGCGCCUCGAGUUUCUUCGAGACCUUCCUCAAAGGAAGACAAGGGGUUUGAUUGGUCCGGAAAGGAAGGAAGUGGAGAGAGCAUUGAAGAACAUCAGAAUCUUUGUUUGCCACAGGGAAACUGUUCAGAGGUACCGUGUCUAUGGCUUAACUGAGGAAGCCACUGAGAAUCUGUGGUUUGCAGAUAGGGAUGGGAAUAAUCUAAGGCUGAUCAGUUAUUUCAAGGAUCACUAUAACUAUGACAUACAAUACAGGAAUUUGCCAUGCUUGCAGAUUAGUAGGAGCAAACCAUGUUAUCUUCCAAUGGAGCUAUGCAUGGUAUGUGAAGGCCAGAAAUUUCUUGGAAAGCUCUCAGAUGAUCAGACCGCACGAAUUCUUAAGAUGGGUUGCCAACGGCCUAAAGAGAGAAAAGCUAUUAUUGAUGGUGUCAUGCAAGGGCCUGUUGGGCCAACAAGUGGCGUCCAGGGAAGAGAAUUCAAACUCCACAUCUCCAGAGAAAUGACAAGAUUAAAUGGAAGACUUCUUCAACCUCCAAAGCUAAAAUUUGGUGACGGAGGGCACAUUAGAGACCUAGUUCCCUCUCGCCGUGAUCGACAAUGGAACCUUCUGGACAGCCAUGUAUUUGAAGGGACUCAAAUUGAAAGGUGGGCGUUGAUAAGUUUUGGCGGCAACGCUGAACAGAAAUCAAGCAUUCCAACGUUCAUAAACCAGCUCACUCAGAGGUGUGAACAGUUGGGCAUAUUUCUUAACAAAAACACAAUCAUUAGCCCCCAGUUUGAACCAACACAAGUCCUGAACAAUGUUUCCCUUUUGGAAUCUAAACUCAAAAGAAUUCAAAGAGUUGCAUCAAACAAUCUCCAACUGCUAGUAUGUGUUAUGGAAAGAAAACACAAAGGGUAUGCAGAUUUGAAGCGAAUAGCAGAGACUAGUGUUGGGUUUGUAAGUCAGUGUUGCUUGUACCAGAAUCUCUCUAAGCCGAAUUCACAGUUCUUGGCAAAUUUGGCUCUUAAAAUCAAUGCCAAAAUAGGUGGUUGCACAACUGCUCUAUACAAUUCAUUGUCAUCUCAGAUCCCACGACUGCUUCAAUCCGAUGAGCCUGUGAUCUUCAUGGGUGCAGAUGUUACUCAUCCUCAUCCACUCGAUGAUGUCAGCCCAUCUGUUGCUGCUGUUGUUGGCAGCAUGAAUUGGCCAGCAGCAAACAAGUAUGUUUCAAGAAUGAGGUCCCAAAAGCACAGGCAAGAAAUCAUUGAGGAUCUUGGUGCCAUGGUAGGAGAAUUGCUGGAUGAUUUCCACCAGGCAGUUGGCAAACUCCCCAAGAGAAUCGUUUUCUUCAGAGACGGAGUAAGUGAAACCCAAUUCUACAAAGUUCUUCAAGAGGAACUGCAGGCCAUUAAAGCAGCUUGUUCUUCUAGAUAUCCUGAUUCAAAACCUCCCAUAACUUUUGCAGUAGUCCAGAAAAGGCACCACACUAGAUUGUUUCCUUUCAAACUAGACCCUUCAAUUGUACAGAACCAGUUUUCUGAUGAAAAUAUUGCCCCAGGAACUGUGGUGGACACAGUGAUUACUCAUCCAAGAGAAUUUGAUUUCUAUCUUUGCAGCCAUUGGGGUAUGAAAGGAACAAGCCGACCAACACAUUAUCAUAUUCUGUGGGAUGAAAGCCAAUUCACUUCCGAUGAACUACAGAAACUGGUGUACAAUCUUUGUUAUACAUACGUAAGGUGUACUAAACCAGUUUCUUUGGUUCCCCCAGUUUAUUAUGCUCACUUGGCUGCAUACAGAGGCAGACUUUACCUGGAGCGAUCGGACUCCAAAAGUACUAUUUCCUCACUUUCUCGAGCUGCUUCUCCAAAGACUAUGCCACUACCCAAACUUAGUGAGAAUAUCAAGAAGCUCAUGUUUUAUUGCUGAAGUAAUUAGGUGCUGCUGCUAAUCCCAAUCCCCCUUUGCUUAUCAAAGAACAAAGUUCACUCCAGUAUAACAAAGUUAACCCAACUAUGCCUCCUAAGUUAGAACUCAACUGAUGAUCACUUGUGAGUUGUGAUUGAUUAACUAGCAACCUAAUUAACGAUAUCGUGAAACUGCUGUAAUCUUCUAAUAUUUAUUUAAUAGGAGAACUUAAUUGUUAAACA